ACCAAUUGCAACUAUUUCGACCAACGGACCAUCGCAAGCCUUUAUACAGCUACCGCAUAUACGCCGCUAUCGUCCAAUUAGGGUUUCGGCGUGAGAGCGAGAUUCAAUUUGAGAAAUCGUGCAAGAAGAGAGAGAGAGAAGACACCGACGAUGUUCCUCGGAGCGCUUCCUCGUCGACCGGACAAGGCGACGGCUUACAAGCAGCUGAAAAGGCAUCUAACGAUCAUGGGUUUAUGGGUUGCCGUCGUCCGCGUCACUCCCAUCGUCCUCCAUUACCUCACCAAGGAGAAGGAAGAGCUUAAGCUAGAACUCUAGCUUGUUAGGUUUGUCCUCAAUUUAUCACCAUUGAGGAAUCAAUUUCAUGUAAUAACUUAUGGAAGUUUGUGCCAUCAUGGUUUCGGGAUCUUACGGUUUUGCGAUGUAAACUGUGAAAUGGGCGAUUUUGUAAUAUUUAUAAUGAUGGCGGCAGAUGCUUGCUUUCGCUGAAUUGAUUUUAUCCGUGUUUAUUGUUAUGUGUUCUUGUUAUCUGCCAAAAAAAGAUCUAUUUGAUGCUUUGUCUGAAAGAGCUUAAGACUUGUAUGGUUGAGUUUCUAUAUUGAAGUUACUCUGGUUCAUUGGC